AACAUGUCUUCCAACAGCUCGCAGAACCAGAACCAGGGCCAACCGCGGCAGCAGCAACAGCCCGGCCUCGUUGCCGGCCAUGCCACUUACAUCAAAGGCGCAGCUGAAAGCGCAAUCGGCAGCGCCAUAGGCUCGCACGCGUGGACCACGUCGGGCGAACAGGCUAAGGCAUCUGCAAAGGCCUCGCUGAAGGCCGCGAUCGAGAACCGCAACCCUGCCACCGACGGCUACGGCCGCGCCGAGGAGAUUGCCGGGAGGGUGACGGGCUGCGAGGGCAUGAGGCAAGAGGGAGCCGCAAGCAAGCCACAUUCCGAGUGA